GUUUGCAUUUCGGGGGAAAGACGCAUCUCUGAUACUGUCCAGGGCAGCUGAGAAGGAUCCCAUUGCGACGGGGGAAAAAACGCAGUUUGGGCGCACACGCUCUGGAGGUGGGACAGUCAAAAUGAUGCGUGGGUGGUGCAGCAUUGAGCCGUAUUGAUGGAUGUGUUAACAGACAGCAGUCUCACAUUGAUUGUGAAGACUUCAGAACCCGAGAAUCCAAAUGCAGUGGAGAGCACAGGUAACUAUUCAGGGCUAUGUGAGCAGAGUAGCGAUCUGAGUCUGUGCGGGCUCGUCGAUGCUGCUCUCCCUCCGUCCUCGCCUCCACCUGCCGCAGAGACUUCACAACAGGCCUGCCCAGCGCAUCAGAGGACCACUCCUACAUCGCCAGCCCUCCCCUUGCCCCUUGGGACUGAGCCCUCUCUGGGCCUAACAGUAGCCCCUUCCUCCAAUGACCCUCCAACUGUGGUUCCCCAUCUUCACCACACGCCCGCCCCCUCAUCACUCUCUAGCCCAGCUGUAAGCUCCUGGGCGCCGACAGGAGACAACCAGAAAACGUCCCUUCCAUUACCCGUUGCCCUCCCUCUAUCAGCGACAAUGAUGGAGCCUGGCACUGUGUCUGGCCUGACGGAGGAGUGUCUUCUUCAGCCUAACCGAACCUGCCUCGGCUGCUUCAUUGAAACACGUGAUGCCACUGACCCUAACGCCAUCCAGAACACACCCCACGACCCCACCGCCAACCCUGACACGGAGACUGGUCUAAGUGUAAGGAUAGGGGAUGUGAGCCGAGAGGACUUCUCUGACAUCAACAACAUCAGCAUUCAGUGCCUGAGCCACGCGGGGGAGGCAGUGAGUCACUAUGGAGAACAGCUCCUCUCUGACCAGCUACUUAGCUUUCCUCUGCCAAAAGCCCCAGGUGAGGGCAAGAGAGGGGAUGCAAACAAAACAACAGGGGACUGCGAUGACCCCGAAGAUGAUGCAACAGCUAAGAAUUUGUAUGAAGGACUGUUACUAGACAAGGUUAGUGGAGAAGAAGUUCUGCUGGCUAAUGCCAGCCAGGACUGGGGCUACUUUGAGUCUUUUAUCAGUGAGAGUAAGAUGGAACUGCUGGACCUUUGUUCUAAGAAUGAACUGUCGGUCAACCUCUUCUCAGAGGAAGAUGUCGACAAUCUGUUUGACGAUGAAGACGACGAUUCGACAUUAAGCAGUGAUGUCUGUUCACUCAAGAUUCGUUAUGAGUCUUUCCAGGACAACAUGAGGGAAAAAACAAAUGUUCUGCAGGAGGAGACGCAGUUCAACUUCUUCCCCAGCGUCCUGGCCAACUGUGCCAAGAAAGAGGAAGGAGGAGCAGUCUUGAGGAGAACCGCGGAGGAUCUUCAGCCCAAAACUGAUGAACUCAUCCUGGAGGGAGCACAGGAAGGAAAGGCAGGGGACUGCAGUGCUAGGAGUCCACUUGAUGGUUCCCACGGCUCGCCUAUGUCCACUCCCAAAGUCAGCUACCUAAUGGACUUCAAUUCCACAGAGGAGUCAGGGGAGUUCAGUGAUGACAGCUCCUGCACUGGCUCGUCCUCAGACACCCUGCAGGAGGGAAAGUUUAAAAAGAGCCACUCAAAGAGAUUCCUCAGUCCCUCGAACCCUCUCAACUAUGGCUUGCGUUCCAAAAGAAAGGUUCGAUACAGCGAUGAUUACUUAUAUGAUGUCGACUCGCUUGAGAGUGAGAAAAAUGCGGAGAAAAAGGAGAAAGCCCCUGCUGGUCAGAAAGAAGAGGAGGAUGUAGACUGGUGCCCCAAAAAACGCCGGAAAUCCUGCCGCAAAGAGCCACCUGUGGUCAUCAAGUACAUCAUCAUCAACAGGUUUAAAGGAGAAAGACUCAUGUCAGUGAAACUGGGCAAGCUGGACCCUGUGGAUGCGACUGUGAGCUUAAAUGCCGACACAGUAAGCAAAUAUGAGACACUGGCUCCUCUGAAGCAUUUCUGGCAGGAGAAGCAAAGAGAGAGACAGGAACAGCUUAAGCUGGCUGCCAGAGAUAAACAACAACGCGGUUUUCAUCUAAACGGACGCCACCAUCGCCCUUUUAAUUCUAGUCAUCCCAAAAGGAAAUACAAGAUUGCAAACCGGCUUAAGGUUCAGAGGAUUCACACUGUGGAGCAAUCAGCAACAGCACAGUCCUCCCCUCUCUCUGAUCGGGGCCAGGGAGGUGUCACUAAAGAAGAGGCCACCCCCACGGUAGGAGGAAUAAUAGCAGCCCCAGGCCUCCCAGUCACAUUAGACACAAACUCCAUCACACACACAGUCACAGCCAAGAGCCGCUCCCAGGAGAGGGAGGAGAGGGAGGGGAGGAGAUUGGGAGGAAAUAAAACAGUCAGGAUAAGGAAAUUCAAAAGCGAAGCCAGGCUGAGGAGCAAGAAAAUAAAAGAGGCAGAAGGAGAGGAGGGGAGGAGCGUGACAAAUGAAACGGAUGCCUGUGUCACUGCGGCACAGAUUGAGGACCCCACUGCUGGGUUAGAAGAGGCAGGCAUUAGCUCAACUACAGUCAAACCGCAUUUCUCUGACAAUACCGCCACCGCUCAAGCCGCUGAGGAGAAAUUCCCCUUUGUUUCAUCCACCUGCUCUCCUGACAAAGCUGCCUCCUCCUCAGAGGAGGUGGAGACGGGUGUCCCUGUCAUCCCGGGGGGCUACCUGCAGACCCUGUUAGAUGCCACAGACUCCUCAGGUGGAGCAGCUAUCUCUUAUUUCCCCCAACAGUCCUCUAGGCAGCAGUAUUCUCUUGGGCUGUCCCUGGAGGAGAAACAGUUUUCUUCUCUGCAGCUCGCUCAGAGCUGCGUCCUAUCGCCUCCCUCUGAGUCCGAGCUCCAGCAGUCUCCUCAGAACUGCCCCAGCUUCCCCCAGAUGUGGCAUCCACAGCUCUGUGCAAGUCACAGCCAGAGCUUUGGGUCUGAGACCCCCGAGACUCCCAUCUUACCCAACAACUUCCCAGCUGCUGUUCCCCUGAAUGACAGCCUGCCAGUGUCUAACUACAGCCAGCUGAGCCCUGAGGCUGACAGGCUGCUUUAUGAGAAGAGCUACCUGAGUGAGUCUGGGCUGCAGCCCGGGGCAGAUCUGCAAGUGUGUCAGUCUGCCUGCGUGGAGGGCCAGGUGCAAUACCAGCGAGGGUCCCUGUGCACAGACAAUGGCAGGCUCAUCAGCUAUGACUCAGUGGGCUCUCUGUCAGCCUCCUCCAGCAAUUACAGCUCACUCAGCCUCAAGUCUUGUGAGCGAGAGGGUGAGGAGGAGGGCCGAGACAGCUUCUUAGCUCAUUGCAGUCCUAAAGUGGUGAUUCAGCAGAGUGUGGAUGCCCUUACCCCACUCAGGGAGUCCUCAGACCUGCUGGAUAUCUCUAACUUCACCCCUGACAAGUUCAGGCACUCAUCACUGUCAGAGCUUUCCCCUCCUGAGACCCCAAAUCUGUCCCCUCAGGUUGUUGGGCGUGAGAUGAAGAUGGCAGGGAAUGUUGGCGAAUACCAGGAUGUGAAUGAUUUAAGCAUGGACUGCACUAGGGAGGUAAAGUGGAACUGUGACGUCAUACAGCAACAGGAGCGCACGGCAAACGCAUACCCGGUGGAGGACAACCAGUUUCCGCUACACAACUUCAACAAUCAAGAUGUCUUAGGUUUAGAUAAAAAGGAGAUGGCAGCUACAGAAUUUGAUGAACAGAAUGGCGCCAAAAGCAUAAAGUCAAAAAGGAAAGGCAGCUGCAAACAAACAGCAGGAGGACAGAGCCCGAAGAAGGUCCGGGCUCCGAGAGCCCCCAAGUCAGAGAAGGUCAAGACUCCCAAACAGAACUCUCGUUCCACCAAAAAGAUAAAGGCCAUGUUAGAGGGUAAGGCAGCAAAGAACCAGGCAGGUGGCACAGGCCUGACUGACAGUAGCAGCACUGGGGACUGGCCCGGCACCGGAUGGUCGGAGAGUAACAGCCUGGUGGGGGAUGACCAGAGAGAAUUUGAGGAGCCCUCCAAUAUUCUGUCCAACAUUGUCUCUGGCAUGGCUGAGGUCCAAAGGUUCAUGAUGGCCUCCAUUGAGCCACUGUGGAACCCCAUGUCAGAGGCCUGCAUGCCCUCUGAGGCCAACAGUCUCAACCUAAAGACCCUCAAAAUCUUGGCAGGAACUGAGGCUGACCUGAAGAAAAAAGGAGCUGUGCUCACAGGGGCUGGGAGAGGCAGAAAGGCAGGGGGGAAAGGAGGCAAAAACCAGGCCAAAUUCAACCCCUCUCAUCCUUUAUUCCCUCAACUUGCUCUAGGCUGUAACAUGUUUGAUAAACCCAACUUUAUUAACCCCGGGCCUGCUCACAAAAAGCUGUACCGCCACAAGACGAGUGCAAAGUUCCCUCGGAUUGAGACACUGAAGGGGAAGCGAGCUGAGAGAGACCCAAAUAAGGACAUAGCACUGAUGACCUCUUUUGAGAAACUGAGAAUAUGGAUGUCCUGUUGUUGCUGUCCGUCAUACACUGCCUGGCUCAUUUCAAGAGGGAAACCUUCAAUAAAUGAGCCCAAUUUAAGCCCGAGACAUCUUAAACACGAGAUGGGACCAUUUUGUAUUGAUGACAUAUCAGACAUUGUCUUUUUUUUUCCCCCGCCCUCAAAGUUGGAAUGGCUCCCCCUUUCCUUUUGUCAAGUUUUUGUUUUCUUCUUCUGGAGUUUAGAGGAACUGGUUAUCUAAAUUAACAUUUUUACGCCUUGCAAAUUCAUAAAAGCUCCACCCUCAGAGUAUUUUUGUCAAUGUUGUUGUACAGGGACAUGCAAUAUUUGCAAAAAAGAAAAAAGAAAAAAAAAGAAAAAAAGAUAAUUAUAAUCUUAAAAUCAUUGUGCCAAAAGUAACAAUGCUGUGUAAAUGACCUCUUAUAUAUGUGUGAAUAUUGGCUGUUCCUCUUUUCUAUCCAUUGGAAUAUUGGCUGCUCGGGUUGGAGACUCCUUACAGAGACUUGCAACUACAGGAAUUCUUUAUUUGAGACUUUUCUCUCUCUUCUCUGAUGAAAGGCACCAACAGCUGGCAGUGGUACACCACCACUCACUAAACCAAAUCAGAAAGACUCUGAAUUCUCCUCGUUUCCCCCCACUUUGUUUGCCAAAUUCAAUUUACCUCAACAUCGCCUGGCACUGAGAAGCAACAAAAGAGAGGCAAAGGGGAGAUCUGCUCUGAAGGCUACUGUAGAGGAAGGAGAUGAAAAAAAAAGAGAGAGAGAUGUUCAAAUGAGCUUUCUCUGGACCAAGAAGAGUGUAGCGCAGAUGUCUGAGGGUAAGCAAGAAGAUGAUUUGUCAUUUGGGGCUGUGCCUCACCGAAAAGCUGUUUGUACUGGAAAUUUAAGGCAGUAGAGAUUCUGAUGCGCACAUCAGUCGCGAAUGGACAUUAUUGCAGUCAAUGUGAACGUGAAAGCAGUUUUCAGUACAAAUAGAAACAGUAAUCUUGUAAAUGAAGGAAAGCAUGUCUUUGCAUUCACUCCAUGUGGAAUUUUUACUUCUAUCUUACCUGAAAAAAAAAUGGUAAUUUAAACAGUAACUUUUCUUGACAUUCUCAUGUAAUUUAUUUCAUGGCGCUGCCGUAUUUCAGUCUGAUUAUUUAGCUCAUAUUUCCCAUAAUGUCCAUAAUGUUUCUUUCUUUUCAUUCUACUUCAUUUUACAUCAUUGACUGUCCUGAUUCAUGGGUCAGAAUUCUGGCAGAAAAUAUUGUGACCAGAAAUUUAAGGCUAAAUACAGGCACAAAUUGAAAAGAAAUAUAUAUUAUAUACAUUGCGUCUAUCUGAUCCAGCGUAUUCACAGGCCAUUGCUUUUAAUUACUUUGGGCUCAUUCACUACCUCACAGCUCUGAAAUAAACAUCUAGAAAGCCACUUAAAAAUGAACCAUACAAUCACGCUUAAUCAGUAAUAAAAUCGCUUUGAUUUUAUACACUAAACGAAUUUCAGGAGAAAUGCAGAUCCAAUCAAACACUUAGUAUAUUGUGUAGAAAUAUGUGAAAUUAUUUUCACUGUCUUUUAAACAACGUUAUCAUUUUUAGCAGUAAUUACAUGAGACUGCAUGGAGAUGUGCGGACAAACUGAUUGACUGAUUGAUUGAUUUUAAAACAGGCCUUGUCACAGUGGAUAUGGCAGUUCUGACACACAGGUUAUAUUAAUUGAUUGCUUGCAUACGGCAAGAAUCGUAAUCAAUCUUUCUGUGUCUCUUUUUUUUCUCUCUCUCCUCUCUGCCAUGAUCCUUUGUUUCUUUUCUAUAGUGUAUCAGGGUUAGGACCAAGACAAGCUGCUGAUGGGAAGCUCCACAUGGGCUGCAAGCCCAUUUAGUCUGCCUUCUCUCAUUUCUGCCUAUUGUCAAAUUGAAUGUACUUCUCUGAGUUCAUAAUUUUCUUUCUUUCUUUUUUUUCGGUUUGUUUUUAAAAUGUGCCACUGUUGAGCUGCCUCAUGUUAAUGGUGCUAAGAAAGCUGACAAUUGUUUUCUUUUCUUUACCGUUCAGUUUCGAUUUUCUUAUUUUCAUUUUUCGGUAUGUUUCAUUUCACCAGUGUUAACGAAAAAAAAAAGAAAUGCAAAAUAGAUUAGGUUCCUAACCCUCUUUAUGAAUGUAUAUUAUAAUGUUAUGUUUGAUGUAUUCACUUCAUGAUUCUUUGACACUGAUUGGAAUUACUUUUGCUCUUUUCAUUAAAAGAUUACCGAGCUUUAUAUAUACUGUCUAGAGUUGUUACCAGAAGGAAUCUUAAUGAACUCUUGACACUACAAAAUCUUGUAUAUUUUUUGUGUGCCAAUUUGUAACAUAUUUUGUAAGUGUAUAUUUUUCUUAGAAAGUGCUGUGAAGUAUUUGUGUGUGUGAGUAACCUUUUAUGCGCCUCUAUGGGCAGUGGAAAGGAUAUACAAUGACAAGUUUCUGGUUUUAAAAACCAAAAUAUGAAAGUAUCAACAGAAAACUAGAAAUAUUUACAUUUUGUUGGGAGUUUUGUAAUAAGACCAUGAUCUUGUUGUGAGAGUGUUGUGUUACUGUGCAAAACACAAAUAAGCAAAGAAAAAAAAAUGAAAACUUGGAAAAAAAUAUAAUUUGUGAACAAUUUGCUGUUUUAUAGAUUUUCAUGUAAAUUAUUUGAGUAUUAUUUUGUUUUUUUUGUUUUGUUGUAACUGUUGCAAAGGUUUUAAAUAUUUGUGAUCAAGCCUGUAUGGUGAUAAUGUAAUAUUGGUAACUUGCUGAGUUUUGUAAUAAUGUUUAUGGAGUAAAUAUACAAAUUAAAAUAAGAUUUUGA